AUGGAGACGCACUUGUUGCAGCGACUGGCUUAUCCUGCACGGAGCGUCUCUGCCAUCGUCCAUGUUCUGGGGCUGUCGUCUUUUUCUGCCAGCUUCAGAUACCUACGACAAGUCCCAAGCCCCAUGAGUCACGGGUUCGGGGGCGACUUCCAAUAUUUGACCAUCAUUGGGCUUGCCCUGGCGACAGCGACCUUUGGCAUCGGUUUUCUUGCUGAUCUGACUCUGAGCCCCUGGCUGUUCCGUAUUAAGAACGUGUUUUCUGUCUGCUCGGCACCCCUCGAGGUUCUUGUCAGCAUUCUAUAUUGGGGGCUUUGCGCCAUCAAUAAGAACUUCGGAUUCCAUGCCAUGCCGGCUGUCAUGUUGACUCUAGAUCUGAUACUCCUGAGUCCUCCAUGGACAGUCAAAGUCUACGGAGCCAUGUCCAUCAGCGUGGCUGUGGCGUUCCUCUAUUGGGGCUGGCUCGAGCUGUGCUUCACCAAAAACGGGUGGUACCCAUACCCUCUCCUGGGCCUUCUUACCACAUGGCAGCGCGUCGUGCUCUUCGGUUUCUCCGCUGCGAUGAUGGCUGGCAGUACUAUUGCCCUAAAGUGGGUGUACGGGAAAGUUAACGGCAUUGGCAAGUUCAAGAGGGACGCCUAG